AAACAAACAAACAAAGCUUAUAUAAAAGAAAGAACCGCACAAUCUCGUAAUACCGCUUAAUACUGCAAUCAUUAUCUCCCUUUUUUCUAUAUAAAUGAAAAUUAAUUAUUUGCCACUAACUAAUUAAUAAAAGAAAGAACCGCACAAUCUCUGUAAUACCGCUUAAUACUGCAAUCAUUAUCUCCCUUUUUUCUAUAUAAAUGAAAAUUAAUUAUUUGCCACUAACUAAUUAAUUAAUUGGAUUAUUUUCUUUAUUGAUUUAUGUGUUGUCAUCGAUAGUGAAUAAUUGUGCAAUGUUUCAACAUGAUUCGAGAAUGGGAAGUGUAUAACAAAACGUGGACAAGAAUUGUCCUACACAGACAGGCUGAGUGAGUUGAUAUAAGCUUUGUACAAAUAUUACCGAGGAACAUUUUUAUUGUCCAUACUAAACUAGACACAUUAAUUAAACUAUGUACCCAUUCUGCAUAACUAAAAGGAGUUCUACAGCUCAUUAAAAUGAUUCGGUGUUCUCUUUAAUGACUGCAAUCAAGUUAUUCUUAGCUUUUAAUCUGGAAGCCAAAUACUAGUUUUAGAAAAUUACAUUGUUUUCUAUAUUGAAAAUCUUAACAAGAAACUCUAGGAAUGGAAUGCUAAUGACUUUACGGAAACACGAGAUCCUUUCAAAUGGGAAACAGUCUGCCAGAAGUGUGCAGUAGACAGUCAGAAUUAAAAAAAAAGACACAAAAAGAGAAUAAAAAAUAAGAAAUUAAUAUUAUGAAUAGCUCAGUAGUUUUUUUUUUUUUCAUAUGGUGUUAUUUCUAAGACUUGGCAUUCUUUUCAUCAGUAGACAUAAUUAAAGUUAUGACCUACUUGAAGGCUGAAUGUCAACCACUGACCUUUUUGUGAGUAAGAUAGCGUUUGUUGUUCUCCUAGAAGGUCCAUCGGAUGCCAUGUUUCUACUUUUCUUCUCCCUCCAUACCCACGUACUUGUCUGUCUCAGUGGUUUCCUCUGUACAAUUUACCUGCCAUUCUGAUCUCCUGCCGAAAAUAAACUUCCUCUCUCUCUCCAAACACCCCCUGCCCUCACCCUAACCCCUAGAGUUCCAUCCCUUCUAUUUCUGCAGCCCUGACGUCGUAGCGCGUGCUCUGUACUCAACGUUUCGACUCACAUGUUUGUGGUAUUUUAUUUUUGAAGUUUGCUCACUCGAAGAUAUUUUUGUAUUCAUCGUUUCCUCUUGUGUUUAUCAAAGCUGCUGUGCUUACAUUGCGUCACAUUAUUUCUUCUGGAGCAUAUAUCUCAUAGUUCAACUCCAUGUUUUGCUAAAUAGGAUUGUGAAGUAUUAGUAGUGUAGUGUUUUAAACAAGUCAUCCUCAGAUUUAAUAUUUGCUAUGAUAACGUGUGUACCUUUUUGUUUGUUCUAGGUGCUAUUAAAAUGUAGAUCUAGUGUAGUAGCGUUUCAUCCAUAUUUUAUGUUAGUACAAGUUUCAAUUGUUCAUCGAAGUUUAUUUGGUAAACAUGUGAAAGAAGUUUUACAACUCAUCCUGUAACGAAUGGGAUGAUUUAGUUAGUCUACGAAUGUGCCUAAUCCUUAUAGUCACAACUUUGAACAAUGUGAUAACUUUUAACACGAGGGAGUUCAUACCUGGACUGUAAUCUUGAUAUUCUAAUGGAGACUCUAGCCCAGUGUCAGGAUGACACCAAGAAUUGGAAGCUCUGGCAUGAACUCCUGCCUGGAAUUGAAGAGUUCCUGACCAGCACUCUAGCCGCUGAGACUUUAUCUUCCUUUGCGGAGGAGAGGAGACAGUUUUUCAUUGAAUGCCUGGAUAUAAUCAAACUUCCACCCACUGUGCCACCUAGAGAAGGGCGCAAGCUUUCCCCUGAAAUUCUCAAGGCCACAGAAGAGGUAAACGGUGUUCCUGUUGAGCAGACAUCAGAUUUUGCUGCUGCCCAGAGAGAAAUUUCUAGGUCUUUAGCAGACCCAGUAACUAACCCAUAUCAGGAUGAUCCAACAGAUGAAGAAGAUAAUGCUUCAGAAAAGGGCACAAAAGUUUAUGAUGAUAUUGAUCCGACAGACAGCUUAAAAGAAGAGAAUGUCAGCAAACCAACCAACAGCAGUGAUGGAGAUUGUGAUAAUGAUGAUGAAAAUGAUCUCUAUGAGAUCCCAGUGGCCAGACUUCAGCUGUCCUCUGAGGAAAACAGUAUAUCAUGUGGUGUGGAUGGAUGCAAUGCAGUUACCAUUGGCAGCAUUGAAGACUUUUCAGAGGACAUGACAGAUUCUAAUGCACCUCCACUGCCUCUGAGUCCACCUCCUCUGCCACCCAGAAAAGAUGGAAAGUUCUUUGAUUUCGGAAGCAGAAAUUCCUUGAAUGCUGAAGAGAGGCCUCCUGAGUUGCCAUUUCGUCCUCUUCUUGCCAAGCGCAAUGAGCUUUAUGUAACUCACUCUGAGAAAUCUGACAGAUCAGGAGAAAGAUCAGAUGGAGAUUUAUCAGGUGAUGGAGACAGCACGAGCUAUGAAUCUUUUGAUGAAACAGUUGAUGCUCAAGAUCAAGAGUUUAGAAACAAAAAUAACAUAAAAUUACCCAAGAGGCCAAAAAAGAAAUCUGGGCUUAAAAAAAAUAAAAAGCUCAGUAAAUCUAGAUCUUCUUCACAGUGGGAAAUCAGUGUCCCCUUCAGAAAGUUGGAAAAUAUUUUGCUUUCAGGAGAGCUCUACCACAAGGGCAAGCUUAGCUGGAAUAGAAGGCUUGUAGCCAUUAGCAAUGGUUGCCUGGCAAUGUAUAAGCCAGACAAGGAUGCCAGACCUUCUAUGGUGAUUUCCCUCAGUGGAUAUGAGGCAUUGGUUCAGGAGCGAGAUGGGCGUCGAGGCUUUGAAAUCAAAAUGGCACACCCCACACAGGAUUCCUACACCUUUUCUGUUGAUUUCAGAGACUGGGCUUAUUUAUGGGCAGAUCAUAUCAAUGGAGUCUCCAAGGGUCAGCCACUACCCAAAUAUGAAACUCACCUUGCUAGGGCCUUCACUGGGAAUUCAGAUUAUGGUGCCACUGGCCACAUGGGAAGCAAGGAUAACAAAACUAGUAAAAAUAUAGAAGAUCUUGAUAUGGAUUAUGAUGAAGUUGGACCAUGUGAAGCUGAUUUGGAAGAUUUAUUCAUAGAUGAAGAAGCUGAUUCAGAGAGUACUUGUAACAGCUCUAUCCUAAGUCAGACUGCCUCAGAACAGCCUUUGAGGACAAAAACACUCUCAAGGCAUUUUCGUAGUGAAAAAUCUUCCUUGUUCAAAAGCAAAACUUUGGAUUCAAGGGCACGUCCUUUUAACACAGGAAGUUAUAAAGAAAAAUCUAUUGGUUCCACCAUGAAAGAUAUUUUAAGAAGAAGACAAAAGGGCAUGUAUCAGAUACAAGGGACACAACUCCCAGAACCAACUCUACAGGUGGCUCCACAAACUGUUUUGGUUGGUGUUCAAAACAGACAAAAUACACAACAAGACCAGUCAGGCAUCCCACAGGUGAAAUCAAGGUCCACUACUCUUCAGUCAUCAACGCCUCUAACUUUGGCAAGAUGGGAUUGGAAAAGUGUCUUUUAUAAUUGGUCUUUACCUCUUGAUCAGAUCAUCCUAGCCUUCAGAGGAAAUGAUCUAACCAGUUCUAAUUCAAACCUUUCAACGGGAAGUGAAGGAACUUCUGAGGAUAGUUCAAAGGCAAGGCUCAGAGGCAACAAGGUGAUGAGAAUGGGGUCAUUUGCAUUCAGAGCAACUCAGUUCUUUGAGAGCAUUGGGAAAAAGUCCACAAAGCCACGAAAAAGCACUAGCAACAUGACCUCAGUUUCCUCUGGAGAUUACAGUGACCUUCACAAUGGCAUAGUUGAAGAGUCUUCUGUUUCCUCCUCCACGUCAGUAGGAAAUACUUCACCUUCAGGCUUAACUCCAACAUCUGACCUCAGUCUUCCAAAUGUGUUCAGUGAUAGUUCUUCUGCACCUAAUACUCCAAUGGACAAUAGAACUCCUAUUUCUUGGAAAGGAUUAGAUGAAACACAAGAGGAAAUUAUGGCCAAUGUUGAUCACAAAGGCUAUUUGUUUAUAUUCAGUACAUUUAAUAGAAGAAAAUGGGGCAAGCGAUGGUGUCUUGUUCGAGAAAAUAUGUUUGAGUGUUACCGUACUCAACAAAGCAGACAAUGUGAACUUAAUUUCUUGCUCAGGCCCUGCACUAUACGUAGAGCUGUAGUGGAAACCAAUAGUGAACUUGGACUCAUGAUAUUAGAAAGUGGGAAAGAAAAGAUAACUGUUGAGCCCAUAAGUAAAGAAGAAAUGAGUUCCUGGGUACAAGUUUUGUUAUCAGAAACAUCCACUGGAGAUGUGCCGCAGGGUCUUGAAGACUUCAUCAAAGUCAAGGAUAGUGAUAGCCAAAGCUUAAUGAGUCUCACAGUGCUAAGACAAUGGGACAUGAUUCCCUCCAAGGAUAUGACAUCAUCUCAUGAUUAUGAAGAUCCUCUGGAUACAACACUUACAGCAAAACAGUUCCAUGCUUCUUACCAAUGUGCUGGUCCCUCAGAGGAUAAACAACUCUCGUCUGAUGAGGGUGCUCUUGGGAAAAACCUAGAAGCACUUGUCCUGGUUAAUGGAGACACCCAUUCUUCAGAUGUUUCUGACAGCACAUCAUCAUCUAACAAAACUAAACACACCACAGACAGUGGGUUCUACAGUGUAAAGGGGAAUAAUUCAGACAGUGAAACUGGUAGUGAAAAUAGUACCCAAAAAGGGGAAGAUAUAGACUGUGGGUAUGCUGCACUAGAUUCUCUGAGCUGCAGAAGUGUGCAGCAUUCAUGUAAUGCUUCUAAUAUCAGUGACUUCACAGAAGAGUCUUUGCCAUGUGUUGAUAUCAACCAGAAUGAAAAUGUUUCUCCUUCAAAUGAGAAUCAAUGUUUUUGUGUUCAAUCAUCUUCCACUGCCAUCAAGCAUUCCACAUCUACAAACAAACGAACUUCAAAACUUUCCAAAAUUAGAGACAGCUAUAACCUUUUGGAUAAACAACAUACCAAAUCCAAGCCUCCUUCAGACUUGACCAUUAUGGAACAAAACAGCAUGAUUGCCACUACUGCAACUAUUUUAUCUCCUAAUGGAGAUGAAUAUUCUAUCGUCAUUAAAAGAUCUGUCAAAUCCAAAUCACCUGAACCUAACACUAUAGCCAGCAAUCUAAAUGAUACUCAUCAGUGUUCAGAAUCUCAAAACAGUGAUAAAAAGCUACACAUAAAUGAAAGGCUAUUUUCAGAUGUUGAGGAUAUACCUGUUUUGCCUUUGAGGAAUGUUUCAGAUCUUGAAAAUUCUAUCCCCUUAAAUGUAAAUAUUCCAAGUUAUAGACCUACCUCUUAUUCUUUAAACUCUUCACCAGUAAAGGAUACUACAAAUAACACAAACUUAAAUGCACCAACUCACAUCCAUCAUAAGCCAAGUCAGUGGGAUCAGGGUGCAGUACCUAAAAUUCCUUCUCAGCCUGCUGAUAAAAAAAUUCUCAGAGUUUCUCCAAUCAAAGUUGUGGAAAAUGAUUCUUUAGAUGCAUUGAAAAAUAAUACUACCAUUCCAAGUCCUAACUCAAGCAGGCUUAAUUCAGAGCUUUCACCUUUUAAAGGUGAAAGUCCCCUAACUCCAAAGGUAGAAAACAUAACAGAUCUCAUUGAUAACCCAUUUACCACACCUGAAGAUCUGAAAGCUGCAGUAGAAAGGCUGAAGCUAAAUCUUUCCAAGCUAAAGAAGAAAAGGAUGGCCGUCCAUGAGAAAAGACAAAAAGUGUUGAGUGAUGAAGAAAGGUUGGUUUGUGAAAAGGAGUUAGCAGCCUUAGAGAGAGAUGCAGAAAAUACUGACCUUGACAUUAGAGUUUUGCAGAACCAGCUGGACACCGUGCAAGGACAUACUUUUGAAGCAAUGAAAGCUGCAAGUGGAAGAAAAAAAUCUGGUGCUAAGAAGAAGAAACACAAACGAAAAAGUUAGCUUUCUACCUCUGCCUGCUUAGUGUAAUAGUAUAAUAAUUAACUUAAUAAGUAUGGUUCUUUUUUUUUUCAAGAUGAUUGGUUUUUAAAAUAAAGUUUACAAAAGGUGUAAUGCUUUAUUAAAGUAUUUUCAAAGACUAAUUAUACUUUACUAAAAAGGCAAUUAAAUGAACACUUAAAAAUGUGUUUAUCAUUGCUGAUAUCCAAAAGAUCUAAAUUAAUUUCCUACAGAUGACUCUUUUGACUGUAGUUUGUAUGGGUCCACAUUUCAUAGAUUUCAAUAUAAUUGCUUGAAUGAUUCAUUUUUGUUGAUAACCAUAAUAAUUUCAAAAAUGGACUGUAGGCCUACAUGAUUUUAAAUUAAAACAAUUUUUGAUGAUUCAUUAAAAAUUUUAUCAUCUUCUAAUUUGCUGUGAGUGAGGGGGGGAAAGGAUCAUAUCCUCUCUAGCAAAAGCGAUGGUGAGACACCCUUAUGUUGGGCAUAAUGCAUACCAUUACUGGUCAAGGAUGAUUUUAAUUUGUAUAUCUUCUCUUCGUUAUGUAAAUUUCAAUGUUUGUGCAUCAAAAUUAAAAAAAAUAAAUCAUCCAUUUUUAUAUUCAUUUUCUAAAUAGCAUAAAUAAUAUUUUUUUUAGGAAAAAAUAUGUUAUAGAAAAAAAUGUAAUGUUGAUUAAUGUGAUGUUUUCUUCCUUUAUUCCCCAGUGAUUUGUUUUAUUAAUAUGUUGUUUUUCAUGACUAAUACUAAUAUAUAUACAUAUAAAUAUAAUUUAUAUAUUCAUUAUGAAUUUGAUCAUGUUUAUUUUGUUUAUUAGAAAGGUUGUGACUUUCACCUUAGAUUUUAUUUGUAAAUACCAUUAGAUUACUAUUAUGCAUUUCAUCCAUAACAUAUUUUUAAACACGGCCACGAUGACAAUGAAGUCUGAACAGAAAUGUUUUUUCAAAAGGUGAUAUAUUUUAAUGAAUUGUUUGUUAGAAUCAGACAAAAGUUUUGUUGAAACAAGAAGAAAUGUAGGCUGUUUUAAAAAGAAAUGUUUACUUAAGAACCAAUUUUGUGAUAAUUAUAUGGAAAAACCCUUUAACUUUAAUGUCACCCUAAAUGUCAUCAAACUUUUUAGUUCUUAAAUAUGUGUUUUAUAUAUAUACCAAUCCUAAUAUGUUUUUGUUUUUCCACAAUGUGGAAUCUUAAUACUGCCAUUUUCUUUAUUGAAAAUUCUUUUUUUUUUAAAUGUCUUUUUUUAAUGCUUAAAUUGCGCAAAAGUUCAAAACGAUAACACAGUCUAAACAAACUAACUAUGCAAUGAUUACUGAUAUUAUUUCACUAUUCAUAUAUUUAUGUGCAUUUACAUUGACUUCUUUAUGUGUGCUUAUAAUCUCAUACCUAAUUUUGGGUAAAGAAUCUGAAAAUCUGUAAAAUCGUUAGUUAUACUAAAAUUAGAAACUUGUUUCCUUUCCUUAAAAGCUUCCUUUAAGAAUAAAUUUAAAUGCAAAUUAUAAUUUAUAUUUAAUUGUGACAUUUGGCCACAUAAGAGUAGUGAGGAAGAAUAUUAUUUUUUUUUCUGGGAGUUGCUUUGAAAAAUAUUGUGAAAUACAAAUAAAUGAUUUAUUUGAAGUUAUUCAUACAUGGUGGCACCUCAUCAUCUGGUUUGGGCUCUUAACUGUCAUCUCGAUAGUCCCAAAUUCGAACCUUGCAUGCUGCAAUCUCAUGCUGUCCUGCAGGAGGUUAAGGCUAGGAUGUAAAAUCUUCAAUACUGAAUGACAUGCAAAACUAACAAUUCAAAAGUCAAUAGAAGAAAAUAUAGAACCUUAAAUCUGCCUUAUAUUUUCUUAAGGUUUUCUAAAAUAUACCACAUAAAAAUGGCUUCAUCUUUUAUUUUUUAAGAUCAUUGCAUUGUUUAGUGCUAUUAGGUAGUUAAUUCUGACACUCUAGUGCCACAAUGAUUUAAGAUUAGCUGUAAAUGUGUUUACUCUUAUCCUUUAAAACAAAUUAUGAUUUCAAAGAAAUUUAAAUCACAUUAUUCUACUGAAUUCUUAAAAUUUCUUAAAAAUCUAACAUGCAUCUUAUUUCUUGUUCUUUAUACUUAAAAAAAAUUUUGAACUUAAAUUUUAAUUGUUGAAUAUUAUAUAAUAUUGUUGGAAUAAAUGUGUACUUAAAAACCCCAAAAAAUGUUCAACUACAAUUGUGAAAUCAAAAGUUUCAGUGAUAACAUUUAAAUAUUGUGCCUUUACUAUUUAUCAGAGUUGAGUUGAGUUGAAUAUUCUUAACAGGCUUUAUUUUUUUUUUUCAUCAUCAUCAAGAGGUACCAAGGCUAAAAGGGUAAUAACAUGACUUAUAUAUAUUAUACUAGACUGGAAACUGGAAAUAAAUUCUUAUCCGCGAUUGAUCGAUUCACAGACCUAUAUAUAUAUUUUUAUGUACGUAAUCUCUUUUUUAAGCUCUAAGGGGAGUCGCCCCAAUCAAUCUUUUCUGUCUUAGAAAAGUAAUGAUCUUUAGUUUUCAAAGUUUAGAAAUAAUGCAAAAUCAUUUCUUGGAUAUUCACGCAAAUUUAUGAAACAAAGCCAUUUCCUGUUUGUUUCCAUUGAGAUAAUGCUUCAAAAAUCCUAGAUCGAAAUAAUUCAUGUUGAUUUAAAUCAUCUUAUGGACAUUUAAAUAGAUUGAUUACCAAGAUCUUUCUAGAUUAUGUAUCUAAAAUUGCAAAAUAUUAAUUAUGAGAAGAAAGUAUUCCUAUUUUUGAUGUUCAAUUACUUGAUCUAGAUCUAAAAAUUAAAUUAUAUGUUACGUAGGUUAGGGUUGAAAAAGACUUCACUUCUUUUAACUACUUUACAAAACAACGCCUUGAUCCAACUUUCUAAAACAUUUUCACAUUUUUUGAAGUGUUAAAAAAUCUCCAUGUCCAGUCUAGAGUAGUAUAUAUAAGUCUAUGGGUAAUAAAUAUGUUAAUUUUAAUUAAUGGGUGUUGCUUGAUUUUGACAUGAUGGAUUGUUGCACACUGGUUUGGUAUUUACAUAAUAUUUUCAUAGAAAUUAUGACAUAUGUUAUUUUCUUGAAUUUAUAUUUCUUAAAAAUAAAAGUGCAAGAAUGUUUCAUUAGAUAAACAAUCAUGACAAUUAUUUUUUUCAUUUCUUAUCUUUAUGGUAAAGUAGGCCUAAAUUUUUAUGCUAGAAUUAAAUUUCAUAAAAAAGUUAAUCAUUGUGCUUUAUCAACGUUCUAAAGCCUUAAUGUAUAUGUAUAUUUAUAUAAACCACACUUCAUUGUAGCAUAAAACCUCCUUUAAAAAAAACAGUUAUGUAUGCUUUAUUAUAUAUAUAGUGAGAACAAAAAAAAAAAUAAAAGCAUUUUGUUUUAAAAGCACAAGAGUGAAAAGUCUUUUAUAUCUGGCAUGAUUAAAAGCCAAAAUAAAAUUUUUAUUUUGUUACACAAGUUCAUUAUGUCCUUACAAUUAUGUCUACACUUAUUUUUAUACUCUUCACCUAUUAUAGGUACCUGUAUUGUUUUUAUGAUCUUUCCAUAGAUCCAAACAAUCUGUUAAUUAUUUAAACUGCAACAAUUACUUUUUUGUAUCUGAUUAUAAAAGAAUUAAAGCAACAAAAUGCAUACAAACACAAUUCCUAUUUUAAAAGAUUAUUUCUUAAAAUAUAAAAUACAAGUCUUGUAGGCUGUGAGAAAAAAUAUCUUAGUAAAAGUAAAGAAAAGUAUCAAUUAUCACUUUCUUUAAAUUCUUUUGUGUGGUAUUAUUUGAAUUACCUUCAUCUAUAUUCUAUAAAAUAAUGUAUGCACAUUAUAUUCUUAUGCAUGCCAAGAACAGUUCUUGUUCUAGAUUACUGCUAUCAUAUUAUUGGUCAAAUAUGAUACAUAUUUCAGUAUCCAUUAGUAUAGCAGUAAUGUAACUUUUUAAACAUUUAUUUUGUGAAUGAAGAUGUCUUACAUGUAUUUUGUUUUAGAUGAAAUAUAUAUAUAUUUGCACUGUUUUACAGUAGUCAAACAUCUGUAGAUAUAGGCAUGUUAAGAAUAUUCAGUAACUACUUAGUUUAUGCUUCCUAGUUGUUUUAUUUUGUCUUUGAUGUUUGAUACACAGGACCAGUUUUACUACUUGAUUUUGUGCAAAGCUCCAACAAUAAAGACUUUGAUUUUAUGCCAUAAUAUUUGUGUUUAAAGUCAAUUUUUAUUUUCAUUUUAAUUUAAAGGAAGUGAAACAAGUUUUAAAAAAUUAAAAACAAGGAAAAGAAAAAAAAAAUUAAAAAGCAAAGCUUAUCUAAGGGAAAGAAGUGCUAGUUUUUUAUCUGAAAAUGGCAGGGUUUAGCACCCUUUCUGUCAUUUAAAAUAUUAUUAAUUAAUUAGUAUAAGUACAUUAAAUUCAUAUAGACAUCCACAUUUCUCAUUAAGUGACAGUUAUUCUCCUUAGUUUGAUAUCAAAUAAAAUAAUUAAUCACCAAUAAUCAACUAAACAAUUGUUUAUUAUUUUUUAUUACUGAUUCAUGUCUUGUCAGGUACAAUAAAUAAUUAUGCAAAGUUACAACUAAAUCCAAGAAUUGGAAAUGCGAGAAAAAGUGUAUUAAAACAUUUUAUUGGCAGACAAACAGAGUGAGCUUUGUAAUUAAUAUAAAUUUAUGCAAAAAUGAAUCUUGUAUUUUUUAUUGCAUUUUAUUUAGCCUAUUAAAUAUAUAAUAACACAUA